CAAACAGGAAGAUGGUUCCCUUCCUGCCUUCCGUGUGGCAAGCACUGUGAUCGGAAGAGAGGGCGGGUUGUCAAGGACCCGUAACCACUGAACUUCACAGCAACGUGAUCAUGCGAGGUUAUGUGACCCCUUUCAACCCUGCAUCCCUAGAACCGACGGCUGUGUCCAGCAAAUAAACGCUCAGUCAAUGCCUGCCGAAUGGGUAAAGUUAUAGAGUCACAGAGGGCAGCUCUCAUAGACUGGGCGUUGUAAUAGGGCUUCCCUAUGAGAUGUUUGAAGGAAGACUUCAACCCCCAGCCGAAGGAGAAAUAAAGACAUCUCUGAGUUUACCUCUCUUGCAAGAAAUCCACACUCAUUGUUCGCUUUCCAUCCCCCUUAGAGCAGUACGCCCAGACCUGCGAGGAGGGGGUGUAUCAACAGAAUGGAGCGUCAAGCGCACGUGGGAAGUGUCCUUGAGAUGUGCAAACUCACCUCCCCUGCAAACACCUCCACCUCUGCGUAAGUUACAUGUAAACUUUGAGUCUUUUCACGCCCUUCAGGACCCGUUUUCCUCUUUGGUUCUUCAAGAUGACCCGAGCAGAAGGCAUAGUGUGGGCGGUCGGAGGGGGUGGUGAAGGUGGUAGACGUCCACUGGCAUAUGCGGUUGGGUCCAGAGAAGCUCGCGGCUCAGCGAUGAGUUGGUUUUCUUAAUUUAGAAAGUCUGGCCUAUGAGAAAGAUAUGCAAACACCCUAAGCCAGUGGUUCUCAACCUUCUGGCCCUUUAAAUACAGUUCCUCAUGUUGUGACCCAACCAUAAAAUUAUUUUCGUGGCUACUUCCUAACUGUAAUGUUACUACUGUUAUGAAUCGUAAUAUAAAUAUCUGAAAUGCAGGAUGGUCUGAGGCGACCCCUGUGAAAGGGUCGUUCGACCGCCAAAGGGGUCGCGACCCACAGGUUGAGAACCGCUGCAAGCCUUAGGUAACCAGCUCAAGCGCGGAGACGCAAGGCGGGAAAGGGUUAACCUCCCCAAAGUUGUGUCUUCAAAGUCACACCCUCUCCUGACAGCUCCGUCCACUCUCGCGAGAGUAUGCAAAAAAAACCGCAGAUUUCCACAAACCCCGCCCCCAGCCUUCUUAGUUGCCGGGCAACGAUGCAACCAACCUCCACGGUGCGGGGAAACUUGGGAACGUGCUCUCUUUCCCCUUCACAGCGCCGUCCUCCUCGGGGAGCCUGCGUCAGCGAGUCCUCCUGGAGCCCCGCCCCCUGGAGUCUGCGGGCGCCGAUUGGUCGAAGAUUCUCUCCAGACCUCUGAAGAGCCGCCAUGUCUGAGGAUACUGCAUCUUCCUCAGAACAGAACAAUAGCAGCAAUCAAACCACAGCCUCCAAUCUUCGACUGUCCAAGAAGAUAUGUUCCUGGGCGUCCUACAUGACCAACUCCCCGACGCUCAUUGUUAUGAUUGGCUUGCCAGCCCGGGGCAAGACCUAUGUGUCCAAGAAACUCACACGUUACCUCAACUGGAUUGGAGUGCCCACCAAAGUGUUUAAUCUUGGGGUAUAUCGGCGCGAAGCAGUCAAGUCCUAUAAGUCCUAUGACUUCUUCCGGCACGACAACGAGGAGGCCAUGAAGAUUCGCAAACAGUGUGCUGUGGUGGCCCUAGAAGACGUUAAGGCGUAUCUCACCGAGGAGAGCGGGCAGAUUGCGGUGUUUGAUGCCACCAAUACAACUAGGGAGAGGAGGGACAUGAUUUUGAACUUUGCCGAGGAGAAUUCCUUCAAGGUGUUCUUUGUGGAAUCUGUGUGUGAUGAUCCUGAUGUCAUCGCUGCCAACAUCCUGGAAGUAAAGGUGUCCAGCCCUGACUACCCUGAAAGGAACAGGGAGAAUGUGAUGGAGGACUUCCUAAAGAGAAUUGAGUGCUACAAAGUCACCUAUCAGCCCCUUGACCCAGACAACUAUGACAAGGAUCUUUCUUUCAUCAAGGUGAUCAACGUGGGCCAGCGGUUUCUAGUGAACAGAGUCCAGGACUACAUUCAGAGCAAGAUAGUCUACUACCUCAUGAAUAUCCACGUCUAUCCCCGCACCAUUUACCUUUGCCGGCACGGGGAGAGCGAGUUCAACCUCCUGGGGAAGAUUGGGGGCGACUCUGGCCUCUCAGUGCGGGGCAAACAGUUUGCCCAAGCUCUCAGGAAGUUUCUGGAGGAACAGGAGAUAGCAGAUCUCAAGGUGUGGACGAGCCAGCUGAAGAGGACUAUCCAGACUGCGGAGUCGCUGGGGGUGACCUACGAGCAGUGGAAGAUUCUGAAUGAGAUUGACGCUGGCGUGUGCGAGGAGAUGACCUACGCAGAGAUUGAGAAGCAGUACCCAGAGGAGUUCGCACUUCGGGAUCAAGAGAAAUAUCUGUAUCGCUAUCCUAGCGGGGAGUCGUACCAGGACCUGGUGCAGCGGCUGGAGCCUGUCAUCAUGGAGCUGGAGCGCCAGGGCAAUGUCCUCGUCAUCUCCCACCAGGCUGUCAUGCGCUGCCUCCUGGCCUACUUCUUGGAUAAGGGCGCAGGUGCCAUUGAGGGAAGGGCUGGGAGGGGACUGGGCUCGGGGUGGCACCAGGAUCCAUGGCAACUGGGCCUCCCCCUCUUUCACUCAAAUUGGAGUGCAUUCUUCAGGCACCAGUGUGGGGCGCCCAGCAGCCACCGAGCCAGCUACUGGCUGAAUUGACUGCUGGUCCAAAAGCCCCCGGUGGAGGGGCUGCUGCUGGGCUGCUCAGUCCUGCUUGGCUCGAGGGCAGCCUCGAGCUAACGCUUCUGGCAGCCUCAGAAAAGCAGUUGGACACUGCCAGCUUGUUACUUUGGCUACAAGGAGGGUGGUACCUUAGAAGCAUCUUCAUCCUUAGAUUUAGGACAGUUUCUGGGUGGAGCUGGAAGGAAGUGCUGGCACUUCCCUUCCCGACCUACCUGACCGGCGGGGAAGCCUGCAGGUGGGCCACGCUCUUUCCUUCCAUGGGGUCCUGGCUGCAGCACUUACUCCUGUUUUGUCUGCAUGGAGGGAUCGAAAAUGGGCUUACAUCCUUCCUUAGCCACGCAGUUGCUUGGGUGGCUUCUUGGGUGGCUGUCUUGAUAACUGUCUGGGGUUCAGGGGAGGAGCUGUAUCACUCCAGGUCAAGG